CAUGCUGCCCGCUCCCCCCACAGCAACUGCCUGACCUACCGCCGCAUCUACCUCCCGCCCAGCCACCCGGACGACCUCAUCAGGCCGGGCCUCUUCAAAGGCACCUAUGGCAGCCACGGCCUGGAGAUUGUCAUGCUCAGCUUCCAUGGGAAGCAUGCCAGGGCCACAAAGAUCACGGGUGACCCGAACAUCCCUGCUGGGCAGCAGACAGUGGAGAUCGACCUCAUGCACCGCAUCCAGCUGCCCGAUGUCGAGAACCUUCGCAACUUCAACGAGCUCUCCCGCAUUGUCCUGGAGGUUCGUGAGCAGGUGCGCCAGGAGCAGCAGCAGCAGGAAGAAGGGCCUGAGGAUGGCGAGCGCCACAGCCAGCAGAGCCCCCGAGAGCCCCAGCAGGACCCUGCCCAGCCCAACAUGGGGCUACCCACUGAGAAGGACAGAGAGCCUGGGGACAGAGGGGCUGCAGCUGCAGAGGAGCAGCCUGCCCAGUCCGGGCAGGGCCAGCCCUUCGUGUUGCCCGUGGGCGUGAGCUCGAGGAACGAGGACUACCCCCGUACCUGCAGGAUGUGGUAAGGACUCGAGGGUGCC